AUGGCAAUCUCGACAGCCUGUCGUCAUGGGCCAAACUGUCCCAAGUGUCAAGGCCGCAUCGCAAGAUCCAUAGGCCCUGUACAAAAAACGCCGCCACAAGCCAACGUGCAGAACAAGUCUCAAGACGACGCAUUUCGAGCAAUUAUCCUGCACCACUUGAGCGUAAACGAUACCCAGCGCAGCCCGGGGAAAAGUCGUCUCUAUACCCUUCCCCAAGAGGUUGUCAACAUGAUCGCAAGACACCUGCCCUACGAGACCCUGCUACUGCUACAUACCCUGAGCAAGACCCUACAACGCAUCAUUGAUCCCCAACUGGCCUCGGAAGCCAGCAAAAUCAGCCUCGUGAUGCGCGCGGAAAAGGACGGAACACACAACUUUGGCCGCCGUCCGCCACCACGACAGCAGAUGCGGGACACAGCGACGGCGGCGACAUGGACAGACAUGCAGCCGCGCCUCGGGUGUUUUUGCUGUUUCCGCGUGCUGCCCGUGGGCGAGUUUGCCGCCGAGCAGCUGGCGCGCGACCCCUUUCGCCCCGCCACGGCGCCGGCGUCCUUUUUGCGCCGCUACUGCGUCCCCUGCGGUCUCGCCCGCCAGUGGCAUUAUCCCGGCGAAGUUAUUGAGCGCCGGGAUGCUUCAACGUGCUGGGUUUGCCAGUGCCGGCGGGCCUGGGACAAGUCGACGACCUUGUCGUGUCGAUAUUGCGGGAGUUAG